ACUAGCAAUAGUAACAUUCGAUUAAUAUCUCUUGCUAAGUAAGUAGCUUGCAUCGAUCAAUAUAAACUGAAGACUGGAACUAAAUACCUCCUCUGCUGGUGAAAGCAAGUAUCCUGGUUGGCCUGGAACUACUGUGUUCAGGAUGCUGAUUCCUGCACAGAAGGUCGGUGCAAUAAUCGGCCACAAAGGUGAGAGGGUCAAAAGACUGUGUGAGGAAACAAGAGCAUGUGUUCGUAUUAUUGGCGGUCAUCUUUGUGCGGCAGAGCAAGCUGUAAUCAUUUUUGGAAGGGAGCAGCUUGAUGAGCCAUUACCUCCAGCCAUGGAUGCCCUACUAAGAGUAUAUCAGCAAACAAUUAACAAUGACUCUUUAGAUGUGGGACCCGAUAAUGUGAUUGUGAGGCAGAUUCUUGCACCAAGUGAGCAGGCAGCAAGCCUUAUUGGCGAGCAUGGUGUGAUGAUUAAUUCAAUCAUGGAAGCUUCUCAAACCGACAUUCGUGUCCUUGGAAAUGAACUUCCAUCAGACUUGAUAGACACACUACUAAAGUGGAUCCCAAGCAAUGAUGAGGAGCUUAGGCUUCGACUGUCCUCCCGUAGCACCGCCACACCGCACGCGUCCGUGGCGGCGUUCGCCUCGGCGCCGGUCUCGCACACCGCUCCCUGGCUGGGGAAGUUCAUCGCCUUCGAGCCCUUCAACGUGGGGGGAUUCGACUGGGCGAUCUACUUCUACCCCGAUGGGAAGAGCGGCGAGGAUGGUAUGUUGAAGUGACAUGCUCUGAACUGCUCUUGGCUUCAGGUAUGCUUAUCCAUGGUGGAAAGAAAAAGUGAUUGACUCAGACUUGAAAAGAAAAGAUGGCCUUUGCCCAUUGACGCCUGAGGUAAGCCAUCAAGUUUUCUAUUG